AUGGCUGGCGUAUGGACGACGAGGCUCGCUUCGCUUCGCUCCGAGGUCUCUCAGGGUUGCUGCACGGUCGGUUCGGGGGGGGAAGGAUCGACUGGGGUGUUCUGCAAUGGCGAGGCGAGGGCUCGGUUGGGCUGGCGGGCUGGCGGGCUGGUUGGGAUGCAGACAGCAACGACAGCAACAAGCAAAGGCGGCGGGAGGCAGGACAACGGGCGGGAGUCGCUCGCUGCAGCAGAGGAUUGUGGGAGCCGGCAGGUUGGUGACGACGUUUGGGAGAAGCAAAGAACAAGAGGAUUGUAUGAUGAGGGCUUGAAGAAGGCCGCGAAAGGAGACGCGCUUGCCGGAAUGGAGCGGUGCCAUCCUGGAAAGGAAGGGCCACCAGAGUCUAGCUGGGCAGGCGCGGGCCACUCUCUGCUGCUGCACCACAGACACCAUGGCAAGACCAGCACGACGGCACCACCGCGCCCACAGCCUGCAGCCCACAGCCCACACACGCAAACCCUCCGACACCUGCUUGUUCGUGUCUGCCGGCCUGGAGCGGCCAACCCUCCUGCUUGCGGCCUAGCUGCUACAUCUGCUGCUACUCUUGUUGCCGCUGCCACGGCCUGCCGCUGUCUGUCUCUGUCCAUGUCUCCGGCAUGUCUCUGCCGCUGUUUUGCUUUCCGUCUGCCCACCGCCAACAACAACAGCACCACCACAACAACAACAACAGCAACAACAAAGCCCCCGCCCCGACACUCUACCCAUAACACACUACCUGCCCACUCUCGGCUUCCAGGAACCCGCCUUGGUGUACCUGCUUAGUCGCUCGCCCGCC